AUGUCGUCUUUGGCGACGUUGCGCUGUCUAAAAACCAAGUCCGCAAGAUCCACGGCGAGGAUCAGAGUCCAGGGUCUGGUGGCUGGCCUACUGUCCGCUUCUUCAACAAGGAGACUGGAUACGGAGGCAAGCCGUAUCCAAAGAAGACAAGUAUGGCCAUGUGCGACGAGCUUGGCCCGAAGGAGAACUACCUCCGUGAGUGGAUCGAGGAGUUUGCGACGCUCUGCGAUGCAAACGCGACCGACAAGAAGGGCUGCAGCGAGCAGCAGCUCAAGUUCAUCGAGAAAUGGGCCGGAAAGUCCGCCGCAGAGCUCAAGUCGCAGCUCACGCGUCUCAAGGGCAUGCUCGAGAAGGACGGGGCUUCUAUGA